AUGCUUGCAAAGUGCACGAAUGCUGCAGAGCGUGAUCAUUAUAUAUUGCUCAUAUCAAAGCUGGUCUUGAAUAAGGAUAAUGUAAGGGAACUGAUCACCUCUCAUUUGCUUCCGAUCAUAGUCGAUUUGGCAGCACUUGCUCAUCUCCAUGUGCAACGAGCGAAGAUUCAGAAUCAGACCAAUGUCAUAGAAGCCAGUUCCGAGCAGAUGAGUGAAGGAAGCUCUGCAGAGUGGUAUUAUGCGGCUAGCGACAACAGCAAGGAAAGACUUGGGCCAUUUUCAUUCGAAAAGGUAAGCGGAACUUCCCUUUAUGUCAGCCUCGAAAUUCUUUAA